AUGAACGACAACAUUGCCAUUAUGAUGAAACGGAUUGAGAAAGCAGUCAAAAUUGAAAGUUCAACAGCAGCAGCCGAACUGGACAUCCGCCCCCUCAUGAAGGAUCUCUCGCUGGACAUUGUCUGCGAGACGAGCCUCUCGGCCAGCGUCGGCGCCCAGCUGUCCACCACCGACCGAAAGGAGUACAUUGAGCCGGUGAAACGGGCGACGAUUCUCUUUGCCAAACGACUGAUGAACCCAUUUGUGCACAAUGAUCUAAUUUACAGCUUGACGCCAGAUGGACGGGAGAACGCUGCGGUGAUCAAGCAGAUUCACGGUUUUGUCAAAAAGUUGGCCACUCAGCGGAAGACGACCAUAGAGGCAGAAAGGGGCAAAAGUUUGAAUUGUAAACCAGAGCUGAACAGAAAAGAGUCUACAGAGGAUGAAGAAGACUUUGGAGGCACUAAAAAGCGCAAAUACGCUUUCUUUGACUCGCUCCUCCAGGCGCACUGGGACAACCCAAAGGACUUUACCGAGAAGGACAUUCUCGAGGAGGUCAAUGCGCUGAUGUUCGCCGGCCAGGACUCUACCUCGAUCACGCUGACGAUGGCGCUGCUGUUGAUUGCCGAGGACCGCCGCGUCCAGGCGAAGAUUGUCGCCGAGCUGGAGGAGGUUUUCAGCGGAGAGGAUGAUCCACUGAACUGUGCAAUCACGCUGGAGCACGCCCGCCACAUGCGAUACCUGGAGAUGGUCAUCAAGGAGGCUCUUCGACUGUACAGCAGCGCCGCAAACACCGCCAAAAAGAUCGAGAAGGACAUCACCGUCAAUGGGCACCGCAUUCCCGCGGGCACUUCAGCGUUGAUCCUCUUCAGCAUCCUCCACAAGGACCCGGAGGUCUUUCCACAGCCGGAAAAGUUCAUUCCUGAGCGUUUUAAUGAAAAUGAAAAGUGGUCCAACCUAAACAGUCGCCCCUAUGCUACAGGCAAAAUUCACACUGUUGAAACGCCAGCAACUGUUGACGCCGACAGCGCCACCAUGCACAACAGUGAGCAUUUUUGCGGCCCGUUCGCAUCUGUUGAAAAAAACCGCAAGACAGUUUUUAUCAACAAUGUGAGUUUUUCCUGUAUUAAAUUUUAA